AGUCCCUGCCUCCUUCCCGAGGGAAGCAACGACCUGCGACCCAACAGAACACCGCGCGUCUUGGACACACUUGCCCCUUCGAAGGGCAAGCUCUUCGCGCACCUAGAUGCCAAAUAACCGACCAUGAGCCAGGCUAUCGGAGCCGUUGGCACUAUGAACGACAAGUACCACCGGGCAGCCCGGGAUGGCUACCUGGACCUGCUCAGAGAGGCCACUCGGAAGCAGCUCAACGCGCCCGAUGAAGACGGAAUGACACCGACGUUAUGGGCUGCGUACCACGGCAACCUUGACGCGCUCCGGCUCAUUGUGGGAAGAGGAGGUGACCCUGACAAGUGUGAUAUCUGGGGCAACACGCCGCUCCACCUGGGCGCCGCCAACGGCCACCACAACUGCCUGUCCUUCCUGGUGUCGUUCGGCGCCAACGUGUGGUGCCUGGACAACGACUACCACACGCCCCUCGACAUGGCCGCCACCAAGAGCCACAUGGGCUGUGUCCGAUACCUGGACUCCAUCGCCGCCAAGCAGUCUGUCCUCAACCCCAAGCUGGUGAGCAAGCUGAAAGACAGAGCGUUCCGCGCCGCAGAGAGGAGGAUUAAGGACUGUGUGAAGAUGCAGCAGAAACAUCACCAGCGGCUGGAGAGGAAGUUCCUGAAGGAGAGCGUAGUGUCGGAUAACUCCGACGCCAUGAGUUUCUCUAGUUAUAACAGCAGCACGCUAGGCCGCAAGCUUCCUCAGUUCAACACGGUCACUUCCAACAUGCCAUACUCACAGGCCACUCUACACUCCACAGCCAAGGGUAGGACCAAGAUUCAGAAAAAAUUAGAGAAGAAGAAACAGGUGGACGGCACCUUCAAGAUCUACGAGGAUGGGAGGAAGAGUGUUCGCUCGCUGUCUGGCCUUCAGCUAGGUCAGGACGUCAUGUUCCUCAAGCAGGGCACCUACGCCAACUCCAAGGACUGCUCGCGCCUCAACAUCCGGGACAUGUUCCCUCACCACGGCAACAACCACGAUCACCAUGACAACGACCACUACGAUGAUGACGAUGACCGUGCCGACACCAUCUCCCACAUCUCCCGUGCCAUCAGUGACCCAGGUCUCCACGAGGCCGCCUACUCCGAGAUCAGCGCUGACUCGGGCCGCGACUCCCUCUUCACCCGGCCCGGUCUUGGAACCAUGGUGUUCCGACGGAACUACGUCUCCGGCGGUCUCUUCGGCAUCGGAGCCCGGGACGAGGGUUCCGUGGCAGGCUCCGAGCCGGUGGGGCGUGCCCCUAACGUCCGCCUCCGCGGCCGUCUCCCACGGCGCCAGCCCAGCCUGGACGAUGCAAUAGAGAUAGACAGCAUCGGCAGCGCCCUGAGCCUCCAGGAGAGGAACCUGCAGGAGCUGCCCUGGGAGGAGGCUGACGUGGGCCUGGACGAGGAGCUGGAGCCUGAGAGCGGACCCCUGGAGACCUUCCUGGCCUCCCAGAGCCUAGGGGAGUUCAUGCCCAUCUUCAGGAGGGAGAAGAUUGACCUGGAAGCCCUGCUGCUCUGCUCAGACCAGGACCUGACCUCCAUACACAUCCCCCUGGGACCCAGGAAGAAGCUGCUAGAGGCCUGUAAGAGACGACUGAACACCCUGGACGAACCAGAGAGCAUCAAAGACACUGAGCUCUGAAGGUCAGUAUUACUGUAUAAAUUACUAUAUUAAGUCUAUGACAGGCAAAGCACGUUACUUUGGCUCAAACAGCAGAAGGAAUCAAGGACACUGAGCAAGGACACUGAGAUGGUCAGUACAACAGACUUCCUUCCUAUGUGUUUGUAGCUGAUAGAUAAAUAGGGCCAUCUAGUGGAGCUGUAUAGUAAAACACCUGUGAUUGAAAUACAUGUUGACUAUUAGUAAAAUUUAUUUCCUCGAUAUGAAAAGUCAAUUUCUAGAACAGAGAUCAUACUGUAUGUAUGUUGUUUUGUUAAUCCACAGAGAGAUGACAUGGUGACAUCUGGAUACGGUACUGUUAUUCAAGAUGACACACAUAGCUGUGGUCCUGCCUGACUAUCAGCUCUAGUCCAUGGAGAGCUGUGGUCCAGUCUGACUAUCAGCUCUAGUCCAUGGACAGCUGUGGUCCUGCCUGACUAUCAGCUCUAGUCCAUGGACAGCUGUGGUCCUGCCUGACUAUCAGCUCUAGUCCAUGGAGAGCUGUGGUCCUGUCUGACUAUCAGCUCUAGUCCAUGGAGAGCUGUGGUCCUGUCUGACUAUUAGCUCUAGUCCAUGGACAGCUGUGGUCCUGUCUGACUAUCAGCUCUAGUCCAUGGACAGCUGUGGUCCUGUCUGACUAUCAGCUCUAGUCCAUGGAGAGCUGUGGUCCUGUCUGACUAUCAGCUCUAGUCCAUGGACAGCUGUGGUCCUGUCUGACUAUCAGCUCUAGUCCAUGGACAGCUGUGGUCCUGCCUGACUAUCAGCUCUAGUCCAUGGAGAGCUGUGGUCCUGUCUGACUAUCAGCUCUAGUCCAUGGAGAGCUGUGGUCCUGUCUGACUAUCAGCUCUAGUCCAUGGACAGCUGUGGUCCUGCCUGACUAUCAGCUCUAGUCCAUGGACAGCUGUGGUCCUGUCUGACUAUCAGCUCUAGUCCAUGGAGAGCUGUGGUCCUGUCUGACUAUCAGCUCUAGUCCAUGGAGAGCUGUGGUCCUGUCUGACUAUCAGCUCUAGUCCAUGGAGAGCUGUGGUCCUGUCUGACUAUCAGCUCUAGUCCAUGGAGAGCUGUGGUCCUGCCUGACUAUCAGCUCUAGUCCAUGGAGAGCUGUGGUCCUGUCUGACUAUCAGCUCUAGUCCAUGGAGAGCUGUGGUCCUGUCUGACUAUCUGCUCUAGUCCAUGGAGUCCUGAGAUUAGGAUUAUCCACACAGAGCUGUGUGCCUGCCUGACUAAUGCCUCUACCCAGGGACAGCGCUCCCUGCCUGGGGACACAGAGAACAUUACACUGGGUCUGGUUGAGUCCCUAGGGUCCUGGUGCCGUGCAUGAGAGGACGUCUUUAGUUACACACCACAAUGUUCUGGCAGGGCCAGGUGUGCCGUGGGACAGGUGUGCCGUGGACCAUGUGUGCGGUGGGACAGGUGUGCCGUGGGCCAGGUGUACGGUGGGCCAGGUGUGCCGUGGGCCAGGUGUACCGUGGGCCAGGUGUACCGUGGGCCAGGUGUACCGUGGGACGGUGCCCACUCACUCACUAACACUGGCACAGGACAUUGUAUUUAGGAAUGAUUCUCCCCACUCACAGAUGCAGAAACACGCUCACAUGUUGCCCAUAUGGAAUACCGUCGUUCAUUUGCAACUGAGCAUUUGAUCAUGUUUUUGUCUAUAUAUUUGUUGCUUACGUGUAAAUGUUAUUUAUGUAUUUAUUAUUUAUUUAUCGAACAUGUUUUAUUUAUGGUUUAUUACAGAUAUUACUGUACAGUUCUGUUACUUUAGUAUGUAUAAUAGUGGUACUAUAGUUAGCUCAGAUGAAAAGCUGACCAAAGGAGUAAACCCUGUCUUAUCCCUGUUACAUAUAUGAGCUGUGUCCCAAAUGUGCACCCUAUUCCCAACAUAGUGCACUACUUUUGGCAAGGGCCCAUAAGGAUCUGGUAAAUAGUAGUGCGCUGUGUAAGGAAUAGGGUACCAUUUGGGACGUAGCCACGUUUCUUUUUAAGGACAGUUUGCGUUUUUUAAUGAAGAUACUGGAACGUGAGGUUAUCAGUCAGUCAGUCAGUCUGUCUGUGUCUGCAUCCCAAG